AUGAGUAGCUACGAUUACAGCGAGGAUGAGCUCGACAUCCAAUACAGAAGUCGUCGUUCCCCACCACUCCCUCGUGUCUACCGCGAUACUCGACUGCCUUAUCGAGAGUCACGACCACGAUAUGAGCAACGAGGACAUUCGCCAGAAUAUCUUGUUCCAGCUGUGAGCGGCGGUGGGGUUCAUAGAUCACGAUCAAGAAGCCAUCGAAUGAGCGCGCCAGCACCUGCUCCAAUUAUAAUCAAUAACCGAAUUAUCAACGAUCUGGACGACGACCGGGACGAUCGACAUCAUCUGCGUGAUUACCUUACGGCUGACAACAGACGUCGCUCUCGUUCACGCUCACACUCGCACUCUCGAAGAUCGUCACACUCAUCUCGGGGCUCCUUCAAGGAGUAUGAGCUUGAACGCAUUCGCGAGAGGGCUCGCUUGGAGGCACAGAUGCAACUACAACUGCAAACGCUCCGCUCAAACGACUCAUCCACUGAUCGUGAUCGGGGGCGAGCUCGUCGAGAAUAUGAAGAACUCUUGCGCGAGCGAGAACAUCAAGAUCGAGAACUUGAGCUAGCUCGCGACAAGACUCGUCGAGAAGUGGAAAGCGAGAUGCGUUAUGAGAAAGAGCGAAGGGAGCGAGAGAAUGAAAAGAUCUCCGCGAAAGUCAGGGAUCAAUAUGAGCGCGAAUCGGCCAAGUCCAAAGCAAUCCGCGAGACCGCUGAAGCUAAGAAGAUGCGCGAGGAACUCGAGCAAUUCAAGGCAGAAAAGGAGAAAGAAGCCCACGAGCGACGGGUGAAGGAAGAGCUCGAAAUGAAGCGGUUGAAAGAGGAGAAGAAGAAAGCAGAAGAGGCAGCUAAGGUGAAGAAAGAACGUGAACUCGCUAUCGAGGAGUUCAAAAUCAAGGAAGCAGAGCGUCACGAAAAGGAAAAGAAGGAGAAAGAAGCGCGCGAGAAGGAAAUUGCCGAGAGGCUGGAGACUGAGCUGCGGAAGUCGGGUAUCGAUGAGCGACAGAUUGCUAUUGCGCUUAAGAAGGAGAUUCCAAUUGAACGACCAACUUACACCAGAAUGGCGAGACGACAUCUGUCUAUCGAGACGUUGAGAGUGCAUAGGAUUGAUUAUGAGUUUGACCAAGACCCUGACUACAUCCUCAUCAAACGCUGGGUCCCAGAAGAAGAACAAGAUCGCCUCUGGCACCACACUCGACGCAUUCGCGAACACAGACUCACGACUGUGGUGGGUAUUGAGGGAAAGAGACAUAAUCAUGGUCAGGUGGACUAUGAAUGGGUUAAGACGAAGAAGAAGGAGAGGAAACCUAGUCCGUCUCCGCUUUUGACGUUCUUGGCAGGUGGGAGUAGACGUUAG